AUGGAUCGUAAUCUUCGUGGAAAUCAUCGAUUUCGUUUAAAUGAAGAUUCCGCGUCGAACGAUGAUGGAAAAUUACUUAUUUUUGUUAAAUUAACUGAUUCAUGUAUGAAAGCAAUCGAAACUCAUAUAAAACAAAACAAAAAAGGCAAUUUAUCCAAUAUUAAAUUCAAUUUAACAGGAGGAGAAAUUUCAAUUCCAAUCAAUAACAAUGAUAGAAAAACUUAUUCGUUUCAAAUUUCACCUGAAGAUAAAACUCCCGAAGUCUUUCAAUGUAUUAAACAGAUUAAUCGAGAUCAAUUGGAAAGUUGUGGAUUAAUUGAACAACGAAUUAAUGUUCAAGCUCAAGAAGAUGUUUACAGUAUGACAAGAACUAAAGUCUCCGAAUUUCAAAAACAUGAAGAAUUAACAAAGAAACAAACAAAAGAAAUUGGUGAAACAUCGAAAGCAAUUUUAGAGAAAAAGACUCAUAAAUCUUCAAAUCCUCGUUCAUCUUUAUCAACAUUGAAUAAAAGUAAAAUGAGACCUGGAUCAAAUCAAGAAGAACAUUCAAGUUCUACAUCGAAUACUCAACCAUCAUCUUUCGAAAGACCAUUAAGAGAAAGACUUAUUCAUCUAUUAGCUGCAAGAACUUAUAAAAAACCCGAUCUAAUCGCUCGAUUGAAAACUGAAGGAGGAAUUCGUGAUGAAGAUAAAGAUCAAUUAGAUGCAAUUUUAUCUUCAAUAUCUACUCAAUUGAAAACAGGAGAAUAUAUUCUUCAAAAACAUCUUUUAACAACUGGAGAAAUUAAUUAUGAUUGGCCUUUUUAUCCAAAAGGAGAAGCGAACAUUGUUCGAAAGAAAAUCAAAGAAGCUCAAGUUAAUUCAGCAAGAUCAACUCUCACUAAAACAAAUAAUGAAGUUCCAUCAACUUCGAAUUCGAAACCUUUGAUAUCAAAUUCAAGUUCAUCAAUAAAAACAAAAGCAAUAGUGACCAACGAGAAAACAUCAGUGGAAACUGAUGAUGUCACACAAAAUCCUCUUAGUGAUGAAAAAAUGCAACAAUUAUCGGAUAUGUUGGAUAAAUUAACAAAUGCUUUAUCGGAUAAUGAGAAAUCACAUGAAAAUUUGACAAAUGAAUUCGAUUUAAUCGAUGAAAGUGAUUUGGAUGAAGUUGAAAAAGAAUAUCAUCGUCUUGUUCCGGAAUAUAAUCAAUUAAUCGAUUAUUUAAAUGAAAUUUCACAGAAAUUUUCUAUUCUUCAACAACAAUUUACUGAUGAUCAAAAUCACGAAAAAGCGAAGAAAAUCGUUGAAGAAUUCUUCAAAUAUGAAACUAAUGAUGGAUUUCUAAAUAAACGUCAACGUGUUUAUCAAUUACAUCACAAAUUGAAUCAUUUACAAAAACUUUUACAAAAACCUUCUCCAUCAAAUUCUCUUUCUUUAGACGACGAUGAUGAUGAAGAUGAUGAUGAUAAUUAUUAA